CCUAAUGAUCGAUCACGCCGCACUGGAAUAUUGAUCCGUCUCUCGCAGCAAAUUAUCCCUAUUUAUUACCAUCAUGCAAAACACGAGCUCACCAGCGCUCUUCAAAUCAUCUACUCAUUCCAAUAUUGUCCAUCCGAUGUUGUCCGAUGAACCCGACUACUUGCGACUUAUACUGACGUCGAAGGUCUACGACAUUGUAAAAGAAACCCCGCUGGUGCAUGCCCGGAACCUGUCCACCAAACUCGGGAACGAAAUCUGGUUAAAACGGGAGGACGUACAUGACGUUUUCUCCUUCAAAAUCCGGGGCGCGUACAAUUUCAUGGCAAACAUGCAGCAGGACGAUCGAUGGAAGGGAGUGAUUACCUGCAGUGCUGGUAAUCAUGCUCAGGGAGUCGCCAUGUCAGGCGCGCGUUUGGGGAUCCCUUGUACCAUCGUCAUGCCUGUCGGCACACCGUCGAUCAAAGUCCGCAACGUCGUCCGAUUAGGCGCCAAGGUGGUCUCUUACGGAGCGGACUUCGAUGAAGCGAAGAAAGAGUGCGCGCGGCUCGCCGUUGCUCAUGGUCUCACUUUCGUUCCUCCGUAUGAUCAUCCGCUCGUCAUUGCCGGCCAAGGCACCGUUGGUAUGGAGAUUCUCAAGCAACUGCCCAACAGCGAAUCGCUCGAUGCGGUUUUCGCUGCCAUCGGAGGCGGCGGGCUUGUCAGCGGCGUUGCCGAGUACGUGAAGAGAAUCGGCAGUCCGAAUACCCAAAUCUAUGGCUGUGAGACAGUGGAUGGGGAUGCCAUGGCCCGCAGUCUCGCCAAGGGCGAACGGGUCACAUUGUCCGAAGUGGGACCGUUCAGUGACGGGACUGCCGUCAAGAUCGUCGGCGAGGAGCCCUUCAGAAUCUGCCAAAAACAUGUGGAUGGUGUCGCAAUAGUGGAUAACGACGAGCUAUGUGCCGCCAUCAAGGAUAUUUUCGACGAAACGCGGUCUGUGACGGAGCCGGCCGGGGCUCUUGGGUUGGCCGGCCUAAAACAUCACAUUCUCCAGAACAACCUUGUCGGGGCAAACAAGAAAUUUGUGGCCGUCGUCAGCGGAGCAAACAUGAACUUUGAUCGGCUGCGGUUCGUCGCGGAACGCGCCGAGCUUGGUGAAGGGCAUGAGGCAUUGCUGAGCGUGGACAUCCCCGAGCGGCCGGGAAGUUUCGUCGCGCUGCACUCGAUCAUUCACCCUCGCGCCAUUACUGAGUUCAUCUAUCGCUUCAAUUGUCAUGGCCCGCCUGAGCGUGCUCACGUCUUUCUGUCAUGCAAGCUGGACACUACCUCUAGACCACGUGAAGUGGCGGCGAUUCUGGAGGCACUGGCCGCGAAGGAAAUGAUCGGAUUCGACAUCAGCGACAAUGAAAUGGCGAAAAGCCACGCGCGGUACAUGAUAGGCGGCCCGCAGAUUGUUCCGAAUGAGCGCAUAUUUAGUUUUGGCACAGCUGCAGAGUUUCCCGAGCGACCCGGGGCCUUGUGCAAGUUUCUCAUGGGAAUGCGUAAAGAUUGGAACAUUUCGUUAUUCCAUUACCGAAAUCACGGCGGCGACCUGGGGAAGGUCCUCGCCGGAAUCCAGGUCCCCGCUCAAGACGCCGACGCUUUUUCCGAGUUUCUUGUGGAGCUGGGGUAUCCAUAUGUUGAAGAAACAGAGAAUCCAGUGUAUCAGAGGUAUCUGCGGGCUUAG